AUGGAAAAACUCGAGCAGCUCAAAAUAUCUAAUACACAACAAUCUUCAACCUCAGAAGGAGAUCCAAUCCCACAUGAUCUCCUUAUCGAUAUAUUCUUGAGAGUCCCAUCAGAGUCUAUAGCUAGGUUUCGCUGCGUAUCGAAACAAUGGGCAUCCAUACUUGGCCGUCAAGAUUUCACUGAUAUGUUUCUGAAGAAUUCCACGAGUCAUCCACGGCUCUUGUUCACCGUCCAUGAGAAUGGCAAGUUAUUCUUCUUCUCUUCACCUCAGGCUCAAAACCCUGAAGCUGACUCGUCUCUUGUAGCCACCCGAUAUCGUACGUUUUCCCUCAACAGUCACCACCAUGGAAUCUGUCCCCCGACCCGUGGAUGGUUAUGUUUUCGAGGUCGGGCAUUCCAAGAUACUCCGGUGAUUUUUAAUCCCGCCACUGGAGAGUAUCUUGCAUUACCCAAAACGACUUUUGCAAGAAUUUAUUGUGGGUAUGAUCCGAUCGACAAAGUAUCCAAAGUGUUGUGUAUAUCUGUGAUUUCGAAUCACCAUCAAGUUCUAACAGUGGAGACAAGAAAAGAUCUUACAUGGAGAACGAUCGAAUGCAAACCACAUGAUCCUUCGUUAUGUGGUCAUGGGAUAUGCAUAGAUGGGGUUUUGUAUUAUUGCACUCGCGUUCAUAAAGAGAAUGUACUACUAGUGUCUAAACUAGUUUGCUUUGAUGUUAGAAGUGAGAAGUUUAGCUUUCUCAAUAUAGAUGAUGAAAGCAUGACUUUAGAGUCUACUUUGAUCAACUACAAAGGUAAACCAGGCGUGGUUCAGUUUACAGACAGCGAUCAAAGUAGUCUUUGUUUGUGGUUGCUAGAAGAUGCUGAGAAACAUGAAUUCUCAAAGCAUAUAUGUGAAUUUCCUCUUUGGUGGGAAGAGAUGGAUUCUCGUCCCUAUUACGACAUUGUUGGAACCACUGCUGGUACGUGUGAUAUUCUCUUGUCGCCGUACAAAUUACCAGACCGUCUUUAUGUUUUUUACUACAACGUCGAGAGGGAGACUUUGGUAAGAGUUGAAAUACAAGGACAAGGGUUAACGUUUACGAAUUCUAUACUUCAUACCUUUCAAGAUUACGUUGAGGAUGUGAAACUAAUUAUGUAA